UGUUCACAGAACUUUCCUCCACACAUCAGGAAGACUCUAAAGCAGUUUGCAAAGCACCAAAUACAAUGGCAGAUGAGAGCUUCAAAAAGGAGUUUCUUGAUACCCACAAUGCCUAUAGGGCACAGAAUGGUGCACCACCACUGACCUUUAAUACUGAGCUGGAUGACGCAGCUCAAAAAUGGGCCAAUCAAAUGCUGGCAAAAAAGAAACUUGGUCACAGUGACACCGAUGAUGGAGAGAACGUCUUCUAUGCAUGGAGCUCUGAAACCAAGACGCUAACAGGAAAAGAAGCUGUGGAUUCAUGGUACAGUGAGAUCAAGGAUUAUGACUUCAAAAAGUCUGGACAUCAACCCAAGACGGGUCAUUUUACUCAGGUGGUGUGGAAAAGCAGCACUCAGCUGGGUGUGGGCAUAGCCACUGAUGGCAAUACGGUCUUUGUGGUUGGGCAGUACCGCCCAGCUGGUAACAUUACCAAUGCAGGAUACUAUCAGAAAAAUGUCCUCCCAAAAGGAACAGAACUUUCCUCCACAAAUGAGGAAGACUCUGAAGCAGGUUGCAAAGCAGCAAACCAGGUGACAGAUGAGAGCUUCAAAAAGGAGUUUCUUCAUACCCACAAUGCCUAUAGGGCACAGCAUGGUGCACCACCACUGACCUUUAAUACUGAGCUGGAUGACGCAGCUCAAAAAUGGGCCAAUCAAAUGCUGGCAAAAAAGAAACUUGGUCACAGUGACACCGAUGAUGGAGAGAACGUCUUCUAUGCAUGGAGCUCUGAAACCAAGACGCUAACAGGAAAAGAAGCUGUGGAUUCAUGGUACAGUGAGAUCAAGGAUUAUGACUUCAAAAAGUCUGGACAUCAACCCAAGACGGGUCAUUUUACUCAGGUGGUGUGGAAAAGCAGCACUCAGCUGGGUGUGGGCAUAGCCACUGAUGGCAAUACGGUCUUUGUGGUUGGGCAGUACCGCCCAGCUGGUAACAUUACCAAUGCAGGAUACUAUCAGAAAAAUGUCCUCCCAAAAGGAACAGAACUUUCCUCCACAAAUGAGGAAGACUCUGAAGCAGGUUGCAAAGCAGCAAACCAGGUGACAGAUGAGAGCUUCAAAAAGGAGUUUCUUCAUACCCACAAUGCCUAUAGGGCACAGCAUGGUGCACCACCACUGACCUUUAAUACUGAGCUGGAUGACGCAGCUCAAAAAUGGGCCAAUCAAAUGCUGGCAAAAAAGAAACUUGGUCACAGUGACACCGAUGAUGGAGAGAACGUCUUCUAUGCAUGGAGCUCUGAAACCAAGACGCUAACAGGAAAAGAAGCUGUGGAUUCAUGGUACAGUGAGAUCAAGGAUUAUGACUUCAAAAAGUCUGGACAUCAACCCAAGACGGGUCAUUUUACUCAGGUGGUGUGGAAAAGCAGCACUCAGCUGGGUGUGGGCAUAGCCACUGAUGGCAAUACGGUCUUUGUGGUUGGGCAGUACCGCCCAGCUGGUAACAUUACCAAUGCAGGAUACUAUCAGAAAAAUGUCCUCCCAAAAGGAACAGAACUUUCCUCCACAAAUGAGGAAGACUCUGAAGCAGGUUGCAAAGCAGCAAACCAGGUGACAGAUGAGAGCUUCAAAAAGGAGUUUCUUCAUACCCACAAUGCCUAUAGGGCACAGCAUGGUGCACCACCACUGACCUUUAAUACUGAGCUGGAUGACGCAGCUCAAAAAUGGGCCAAUCAAAUGCUGGCAAAAAAGAAACUUGGUCACAGUGACACCGAUGAUGGAGAGAACGUCUUCUAUGCAUGGAGCUCUGAAACCAAGACGCUAACAGGAAAAGAAGCUGUGGAUUCAUGGUACAGUGAGAUCAAGGAUUAUGACUUCAAAAAGUCUGGACAUCAACCCAAGACGGGUCAUUUUACUCAGGUGGUGUGGAAAAGCAGCACUGAGCUGGGUGUGGGCAUAGCCACUGAUGGCAAUACGGUCUUUGUGGUUGGGCAGUACCGCCCAGCUGGUAACAUUACCAAUGCAGGAUACUAUCAGAAAAAUGUCCUCCCAAAAGGAACAGAGUAAAACUUUCCCAGUGUCAGAGAGGGAGCUGCAGCAGACAACAGACCUCAGUGCCCAGAGAAAAUGACCUGGACCGUAUUGGACCCAUCACAUGUGGUUUCCUUCAAUGUUCCGAGAUUGAACACCAAAAAAUACGCCUGUCGCAUCAAACACGAUUUUACACAACUGUCUAGUCAAAUACUGUCUAAGUAGAAUUGGUGUUUUGAUCAUCUGAGUGAAUAAUUUUUGAGUAAUGUUUCAAUGAUUUGAGUGCAGUACAAAUAAAAACAAAAGUCUUUG